GCUGGACUUGGGACUUAGGAGUGCCAACUGGGGCCUCUCACUACAUUGGACCUGGGGUGAAAUGUGGGCAAGAAAAAGUGUGCUUCCUAUGCCCGGGGACGCCAUAGCCUGAAAGCCGAGAAGGAGAAGCUGCCCGUUUUUAUAGCAAGAGGUUCAGCCUCUCCCUGGGAGCCCGACCUUGGCCCAUAGGAAAGACUACAGGCUUAAGCCGAGACCUCUGUGUGUGACCAGGCAGCCAGUGCAGGUGUGCUGAGCUCUAAUUCCUGAUUCUUCAAAGUGGACCCCAAGGGAGAAAUCCAACAAAAGCAGUGGGCACCAAACAGUUCCAGUCCAAGAUAUACAGAUGAAACCCUGGAGAUGAGACCUGAAGAAAGCUGGAGCCAUGUUGACCUUGUACGCUGUGAAGAAGCAGAUUCCGUCUCAGAAAAGCAUGUCAUCAACAUAGAUGAGGACGAUGGCGGGCUGCAGGUCUGCCGUGUCUGUGGGGACAAGGCCAAUGGCUAUCACUUCAAUGUCAUGACGUGUGAAGGAUGCAAGGGAUUUUUCAGAAGGGCCAUGAAACGCAAUGUCCGGCUGAGGUGCCCCUUCCGCAAGGGAACCUGUGAGAUCAACCGGAAGACACGGCGGCAGUGCCAGGCCUGCCGUUUGCGCAAGUGCCUAGAGAGCGGCAUGAAGAAGGAGAUGAUCAUGUCUGAUGCCGCUGUGGAGCAGAGGCGGGCCUUGAUCAAGAGGAAGAAGAGGGAAAAGAUCGAGGCUCCGCUGUCUGGAGGGCAGGGGCUGACCGAAGAACAGCAGGCGCUGAUCCAGGAGCUGAUGGAUGCCCAGAUGAAAACCUUUGACACCACUUUCUCCCACUUCAAGGAUUUCCGGCUGCCUGCGGUGUUUAACGGUGGCUGUGAGCUCCCAGAGUAUCUGCAGACCUCACUGUUGGAAGACCCUGCUGUGUGGAGUCAAGUCAUGCAAGAUUCAGUUCCAAUGAAGAUUUCUCUGAAGCUUCGGGGAGAAGAUGGCAGCAUCUGGAACUACCAACCCCCAUCCAAGAGUGACGGGAAAGAGAUCAUUCCUCUGCUGCCGCACCUGGCCGAUGUGUCAACCUACAUGUUCAAGGGCGUCAUCAACUUCGCUAAAGUCAUCUCCUACUUCAGGGACCUGCCUAUUGAGGACCAGAUUUCCCUGCUGAAGGGAGCCACUUUUGAGAUGUGCCUACUGAGGUUCAACACGAUGUUCGACACAGAAACUGGAACCUGGGAGUGCGGUCGGCUGGCCUACUGCUUCGAAGACCCUGAUGGUGGCUUCCAGAAACUUCUGUUGGAUCCAUUGAUAAAAUUCCACUACAUGCUGAAGAAACUGCAGCUGCAUAAGGAGGAGUAUGUGCUGAUGCAGGCCAUCUCCCUCUUCUCCCCAGACCGUCCUGGCGUGGUACAGCGCAGUGUGGUGGAUCAGCUGCAGGAGCGAUUUGCCCUCACCCUGAAGGCCUACAUUGAGUACAGUCGGCCAUCUCCUGCCCACAGGUUCCUGUUCCUGAAGAUUAUGGCGGUCCUCACGGAGCUGCGCAGUAUCAAUGCCCAGCAGACCCAGCAGCUGCUUCGUAUCCAAGACUCCCAUCCCUUCGCCACUCCCCUCAUGCAGGAGUUACUUAGCAGCACAGAUGGCUGAGCGGCUGCCCCUGGGUGGAGAUCUCACGGGACAGCCAGAUCCAGACAUUCGGAAUUGUCACUUCUAGGGCUAGGCGGAUGGACACACUGAUAGCCAGCAAUGUCCUAUGACUACAGCUGACCAGCAUGCAUUCCUCAGGCAAAGGACAUGGAGCCCCAAGGUCAGCCUGUGGCAAGUGCUGGCCUAUAGGUUAGCCCCAUCCUUGUGGUUGGGGAUAAACCACCAAAUCCCACUAAAUUCUAAAGUGUUGGGUGGGAAAGGAGGGACCAGGUCAAGCUAUGUAAGGGGGUACACGCCCCACACAUUCCCAACCCCAAGCUUUCUCUUGAGCUGUUUGUGUGUUCCAGACUUGAGCUCACCAUCAGGUUCAUUAAUGUCACUGCUGAAUGCCAGAAGCUUGCCAUGACCUUGUUCUGGACACAUCACUCAGGUCCCCACACCUGACCAAACACAGUUAAUCACCAACAACGUGACCUGCUCUGGAUGAUACAAUACAGCCUGGACUCAGAUGUGGAUCCUAAUCUCAGCAAGAAGACAAAGCUAAAAUGGCUGUUAAUAGCUUAUAAAAAAACACUUCUCCUAACAGCUAAUGUGUAUCUAAAGAAAGGGCAUGUGACAUCGUCAAGGAGCUUUACGUGGGUUCUGAGCUGCACCACGGUCCUGUGGGUAACUGGAAGACAGCUGAAGGUUCCAGAUGCCAGGUGCUUGUUGAGGGAGGGUGGGAACUUGGCUGUGGGGACCUGUAUGUGACUUGGUGUGGGUACAUCUGCUCCCAAUCUGACCGGGGUCUGGCUUGCUCCCCAAACUGGAACACCAGGGUGAUCUAUGACAAGCUACAGUAUAGACAAUAAACGUGUGAUUGCAGAAUUA